UUGAAGAAUUAGAAAUGAGCUGGCCCUUGAAAGAAGGCAUUUACCUGGAUGAAAAUUAUAAUCUUUACUAUCCUCCAGGUGCAUCACAUACAGAUGGUAUUCCAGAGGAGUUGAUGAGAGAAAUAAUUGAUCCUCAUUGGAGCCAAUUCCCCCCUCAGAAUCCCUUGUAUUCCCAUGGUCUGGGGAUAAUCUACGCUUUACUCUUUCUUAUCAGUCUACCAGGGCACAUUACUGUCGUUUAUGUUUUUUUAAAGAAUAAGGAGGUGAGGGCUCCACAAAAUCUUUAUUUCUUUAGCCUGGCGUGCUCUGAUCUAGGAUUUAUGUUUUUUGAGUGUCUUCCCGUGAUCGUGAAUAUAUUUGUUCAACGGUAUUGGAUGUACGGAGUUCUAGGUUGUCGAUUAUAUGCCUGUGCUGGGGCAAUUUUUGGAACAACUUCUAUGCUUAUUGUAGCAGUUAUAGCCUAUGACCGAUACAGGGUUGUUACAAAAGGUUGCACAGCCAAGAGACUGACUUUUAGCCAGGCAUUUUUAAAUGUUUUGUUGUGUUGGGUUUACUCAAUAGCAGUCUCGGUUCCUCCUUUCUUUGGCUGGGGAGCUUAUAAAGCAGAGGGACUGCUUAAUACUUGCAGCUACGAUUAUAUUGCAAGAGACUUUAACCGAAUGUCCUUCAUGGUCCACGCGUUCCUCUUCAACUACUUCAUCCCCCUCAUCUUCGUCAUCUUCUUCUACUACAAGGUGAUUGUAUCAGCUCAUCUGCAGGCUACAUCACUAGCGGGGCAGGAACAGGGCGGACAGGAAGAUGAGAAGCAUAUUGAUGAAACUAAAGUUAUUAAGGCCUCCAUGACAAGUGCGUUAAUCUGGUUCUUUGCCUGGACUCCUUAUGCAAUUACAACCAUGGUUCCAUUUUUAGGGGACAUGUCGAUUGUUACACCCCUGGCUACCCAGCUACCAGCAUGCUUUGCGAAGCUGUCUUCCAUCUUGAAUCCAAUGGUUUAUGCAUUUUCUCAUCCCGCCUACAGAAGAGCAAUCGCUGCUGAGUGCCCGUGUUUUGGUUUAGUCGUGGAUGUCAGAGAGAAAGAGAAGACUAUUGGUGGAACAAUAAUGACGAACCUCAACUAGAUAUUGCUUUUUUCAGAUUAAAAAAAUUUACUGAUAAUAAAGUAUUUCUGCAUGUGUCUUUAAAAA